AUGGGCCUAGAUUAUCUCAUGGUGCAUUUGACAUACAACAUCCCACUCGCAGUGGUGAUGACAUUGGCUUACUGGCCUUUCUAUACAAAGCUGGAUUUAUACAGAAAUAGCAACACUUAUUACGGUCUACCCUCUUCAUCCAAUAUUGCGGUUAUAUCAAACAUUCCCUGGGACUCCUAUCUUAUCAGGACUCGGAUCUUGACAUAUCCACCAUAUGCGAUACUAGGACCAAGCAUAUGCUUGAUCCCCAUCGAGGAGGUUUCCUUCUUCGUCAUUCAGACAUACAAUACAAGCCUGUUGUACAUUAUUCCAACAAAGCGCUUUGUUAUGCCUAUGUACCUUGGACCGCAAGAUGCACUGAAAAGAAAUCUAGGGAUUGUCAUUAUUGGCUCGAGUCAAUUUUCGGGACUGGCUAGUGUAUAUCAUGGUGGACGGUAUACCUACCUAGGACUCAUUCUAGCUUGGAUCUGCCCAUUCAUGAUGAUUCAAUGGCUGGUGGCCUAUCGGUUUAUUGUACGACUUCCACUUCGAGAGGUAUCUCUGGCGGUCUGUAUACCCACUCUUUUUCUAUGGGUUGUAGACACAAUCGCCUUGGGAAAGGGGACAUGGGUGAUUGAGUCAGCCACUAAGUUAGAUAUUCAACUCUGGGGGAGUCUGGACAUCGAGGAAGCGAUAUUCUUCGCUGUAACAAACAUCAUGAUUGUGCUUGGCGGAAUUUCCAUCUUAUGGACAGCUCUUCGCGCACUAGGCGAUGCAGUGAUGAGACUCAAACAGCGCAGCCAGAGUAUGUACAUGGGUAGUGCCAUGUUUGAAGGUCAACUUCGCAUUGACUUGAUCUUUUUAUAUUCAUUUUGCCGAGUGGUAGAUGAUCUAGUGGACGAAGCACCAGACAGCAGUACGGCACGGUCUGUGAUUCAAGAGAGUGCACUGCUUCUUGAGCAGAGAUACGCAGGAAAGAACAAGGCGAAGAGCAUACAAUCUGACCCAGCCCUGCUAUCGUCCAUCGAGCAUCUUCCUGUUGAAAGGCUGUCGAUCGAACCACUUCAAGGCCUGUUGAAAGGCUUCGAAACAGAUCUCGAAUUCAACACCAGCAACACCAAAUCUCCUAUCUUAACCGAAUCAGGUCUCGAGAGAUAUGCCUACCCUGUCGCGCACAACCGCCUACGAAACCUUGAAAAACACACGCACCAGCAGACGAUCACCGCAGGCGCACUCAUGGGCCAAGCACUCCAAUACGUUAACAUCGCCCGAGACACUCAACGCGAUGCAGAAAUCGGGCGCGUGUAUAUACCCACAACCUGGCUAGAGGCGAAAGGGCUCACACCAGCCAAGGUUCUGGAUUGUCCCACUGAUCCACAAAUACAGACGGAUGAGUGGUAUAUCAUGACAGACGCGGCAAUCGGGAGGCUUCCAUUGGAGGCCCAAGUCCCCAUCCGCGUCACGGUGAAGAGUAAUAUGGAAAUUGGGAGAUCGUUGCGGCAGUUGAACGAGCUGCGGACAAACGGAAAGAUGGAAGUCCCGCUGUGGAGGCGACUGAAAGUGGCCUACCGUGCAUUGGCCGAUGGUAUGUAG